GGGUUUUUAAAGCUUUCGUUCACUUCAGUCCUUCAAUUAUCAGCCGCUUUGGUUAGGUUUUCAUAACACCCACGAAAUUUGUUUAUCUUCAAAUUUACCCAUAAAUUCAUCUUUACAUGGAUUUUAAUCUGUAGGGUUUUCUUUGAUUUCUUGAAAAAAAUCGGUUCUUUGCAUCACCCUCUCUAUAUAUCUGUUUAGGAACUCCGAGAAGAGUGAAAAAGAAUGGCUACUUUGAACCCAUUCGACCUUUUGGAUGAUGAUGCUGAGGACCCAAGUUUGCUAGUUGCUGCUCAGCAGCUAAAGGCUCCUGUUGCAUCUGCACCAGCCAAGAAGGGUCCAGUUCAGCCUGCUAAGCCUGCUGCUAAGUUGCCCUCCAAGCCGGUUCCUCCUUCACAGGCUGUGAGGGAAGCCAGGAGUGAUGGCCAGAGAGGAGGAGGCCGCGGGGGUCCACGUGGAGGGGGCCGUGGUCGUGGACGUGGACGUGGGUUUAACCAAGACUUUGCUGCUGAUGAGAAUGCUUUUGGCAGCAAUAAUGGGUUCUCUGGGAGGUACAGUGCUCCAGAAAAUGGAGAAUCAGGAAAGGUCUCUGAAAGGAGAGGUGGAUACGGUGGAUCUCGUGGGGGCUUCUACGGAGGUCGUCGUGGUGGUUUCAAUAAUGGUGAUGCUGGUGAUGGAGAAAUUGAACGCCCAAGGAGAGUGUUUGAUCGACGAAGUGGCACUGGCCGUGGGGAGACUGAAGUACCUGUUGUUGAUGGUGAGAAGAUUGUUGAGGCUGAGAAACAAACUGGGCAGGAAGAUGCUGGAGAUAACAACAAGGAUUCUACUGCUGCUGAGCCAGAAGAGAAGGAACCUGAGGAGAAGGAGAUGACCCUCGAGGAGUAUGAGAAGGUAAUGGAGGAGAAGAGGAAGGCUUUGGUGGCUCUAAAGCAGGAGGAAAGAAAGGUUAAUUUGGACAAAGAACUUCAAUCCAUGCAACUUCUCUCAAACAAGAAGAAUGAUGAUGAGAUCUUCAUCAAAUUGGGUGCUGAAAAAGAUAAGAAAAAGGAGGCAGUGGAAAAAGCCAAAAAGACUCAAACCAUAAACGAGUUUCUGAAGCCUGCUGAGGGAGAAAAUUACUACCGUUCUGGUGGGCGUGGUAGGGGCCGUGGCCGUGGUAGAGGUUAUGGCGGUGGAUAUGUUGGAAACAACAGCGUUUCAGCCCCAUCCAUCGAAGAUGUUGGCCAAUUCCCCUCCUUGGCUGCCAAGUAAGGGAUCAAAUCCUGUAUGGAUUAGUCAAAAAGAGGAGCAACUCUUGUCAUCCGAGCCGUCUUCCUUUUUCCCAUCAUUUAUGUUACUUGGCUUUUGGUGAUAACAGCGUAUUUGCCGGAACCUUUGGGCACUCCUUUGUUAGGUUUUGCUUUGAGAACUUCUAUAAUUGUUCUUUAGAGUGUAAAAUUUAGAUGUUUACUUAUCAAAUCAGUUUUGGUUGGAGUUUAUUUGAAAACAAUCAUGUUUCUUUUUCAAUUGUGAGUCUUGACUAAUUGUCGACUGGAAACAGUCUCCCUACCUUUACAAGGUAUUGGUAAGAUUUACAACCUUUACAAACCCUA